AUGGACUCCUCCAAAAUGGAAGACAACAAGGACGAUCUCACAAUUGUGCCCUCACAAGACCUAAAUCACGAUGAUGUUUUUGGAGAGCUAAGAGAAGAUGGUCCUAACUAUCGCAAUGUCGGGUUCACGGGAACUGUCAUCUUGAUGAUGAAAACCCAGAUUGGACUGGGUGUUCUUGCAAUUCCGUCUGCUUUAGAUGUGCUCGGAAUGGUCCCUGGAAUCAUCUGUUUGCUUGCAAUGGCUGUCACCACCACCUGGUCUGGAUAUGUCAUUGGCACCUUCAAGCUUCGGCAUCGUGAGGUGUAUAGCAUUGACGAUGCAGGAGGAAUUGUACUUGGAUUGACAGGUCGAGGAAUUUUAUCCACUGGUUUUUGUCUUUGUAUGUUCUUUUACCAAAGCCUCUUGACCGACCACUUUGUUCGCACUUACUUACAAAACAUAGACUAUGUCUUCAACAGCGCCUCUGCAAUCCUUGGUCUCUCAAUUGGCCUGAAUGCUGUCUCUACCCAUGCCACAUGUACUGCAGUAUUUGCUGCUGUUGCUGCGAUCCUCGGAUGUGCCAUGGCUAGCAUUCGGACGUUGGGUCGUAUCACGUGGCUUGCAUGGGUAGGAUUACCGUGUAUUCUCGCAGCCGUACUCAUCGUUACUGUUGCAGUCGGCUUAGAAGACCGCCCAGCAAGUGCACCAAAGACAGAUGGCCCUUGGGUUCCGGAUUGGAAAGUGGCAGGCAAUCCGACGUUUGUUCAGGGAAUUGCAGCAGUUUCAAAUCUCCUGUUUGCUUUCUCUGGGACACCUGGGUUUUUUUCAAUCGUAUCUGAGAUGCGUGAUCCCCGCCAAUACACCUCAGCCAUGUUAACCUGCCAGGCCGGAGUAACUGCUGUGUAUGCAAUUGUCGGAUGCAUUAUCUACUAUUACUGUGGAACUUACGUAUCCUCACCUGCUCUCGGUUCAGCCGGUGGCACGAUCAAGAUCAUCAGCUAUGCAUUUGCGAUCCCUGGACUGUUUGUCUCAAUGACAAUUGUUACCCAUAUACCAGCAAAGUUUAUCUUUGUGCACGCGUUGCGUGGUUCCCGGCACCUCACCAGUAAUACAAUUACACACUGGGUAAGCUGGCUUGGUUGUACUUGUGGUAUCACAGUUGUUGCAUGGAUUAUUGCCAGUACAAUCCCGGCAUUCGAUGCUCUGGUUUCUCUCAUCGGUGCCCUGCUUGGUCCCCUUAUGUGCAUGAUACCGAUGGGGGCCAUGUGGUUAUAUGACAACUGGGGGAAGAACAAUGAUCGGAAGAAGAACGCAGCUUGGUUAGUUGCCAGUUCUUGGAGUGUUGCUCUGAUUAUCCUGGGAACAUUCUUGAUGGUGGCCGGAACAUAUGGAUCCGUUAUGGGUAUCAUGGAUACGUAUAGCAAGAGUGGGGGCUCCGCUGCUUUCUCCUGUGCUGACAACUCCAAUUCUGUAUAG